UUGGAGCUUAUUCAGUAGAGACCAGCAAAAGCAGAGCUGUUGGCGUGGGGGUGGGUGGGCCGAGAGCUGAGCAGAGCAGUCAGCCGCAGCCUCAGGGCACUGGGGCAGGGCAGGGUCGGGUCAUCAACGGGACGUGUCGGCAGCCCAGCAGUCAUCAGGUGACAGCCAGCCAGAGAAGCCGCCGCUGUUUUUCCCUGGGAGGACCAGCCUCGGCUCCCCGCCGGUCCGAGGCGGUGCUCCUGGGGAAGGCGUCGCUCCUGCCGCGCUCCUGCCGCGCCCCUGCCCGUCCCCAGCGGCGGCCGGAGCGGCAGGAGAGCAGGAGCAGCAUGGUGGUGUCGCCGCUGCUGCGCGCCGUCAUCAUGGGGCCGCCGGGCUCCGGGAAAGGCACCGUCUCCGCUCGGAUUAUCAAACACUUCGGCGUGAAGCACCUCUCCAGCGGUGACCUGCUGAGGGACAACAUGCAAAAGAAGACAGAAGUUGGAAUCCUUGCCAAGUCCUACAUUGAUCAAGGGCGGCUUAUUCCAGAUGACAUCAUGACACAACUAAUGCUGACUGAGCUAAAAGGUCUAGAUCAGUACCACUGGCUGUUGGAUGGUUUCCCCAGAACAGUUGCUCAGGCAGAAGCCCUGGAUAAAGAAUGCCAUGUAGACACUGUGAUUGACCUAGAUGUGCCAUUUGAGACCAUAAAGUGUCGGCUCACAGCACGUUGGAUCCACCCUGCCAGUGGCAGAGUCUACAAUCUUGAAUUCAGCCCUCCCAAAGUGCAGGGCAUCGAUGAUAUUACUGGUGAGCCACUUGUUCAGCGUGAUGAUGACAAGCCAGAGACGGUUAGUAGGAGGCUGCAGGCUUAUGAUGCACAAACAAAACCUGUUUUAGAAUAUUAUCGGGAAAAAGGGUUAUUGAAAUCCUUUUCUGGAACAGAAACCAAUAAGAUCUGGCCGCAUAUCUAUGCUUUCCUUCAAACCAAGUUGCCAGAUGUGAGCCAGAAAAAUGCUGCCACUCCCAGGUGAAAAUAGGUCAGACUUCUGCUCAUCUGUCAUAGCUCACUCUUGAUUUCAUGAGACUCAGCCAUCAAGGAUUUUUCCACGUAGCUACCAGACUGAUCAAUAAUUAAUUGCUGUCUUUAACUUAUAUUAUGAUAGAAUUGUGAUGCCUGUGGUUCUCACUUUAGCGCUAUAUUUUUUUAUAUUAAAUAUACCUAAUUUUUAAAAUAUAGUAACUAACUUUAACAAAAGCA